CCGCCCCCUCCCUCUCUCUCUCUCUCUCCUCCCUCCAUCCCUCUCUCUCUGCUUCAUUAGAGAUCAUGUCAGGAUGGGAGGAUGAUGAAGAUGAUGGCUCUCCGGGUUUCUCUCCGUGAGCUGCGGGCUCAUCUUCUUCUUCAUCACUGAAGACUGAUAGAGAGGAUGAAGAGCGAGUGACUGAAUGAACGCGCUGUCUGAAUCUUACAGAAGUCCAGAUGGAGCAGGAUGUCGAGAGCACCGUCACGGUCCGACAGCCUAAGCUGCCCAAGAAGACAUGGGAUGACGUCCCCAAACCUCUGAAGAACAGGGAGCGUGUCAAGCAGAAGAUCCAGCGCUACGUCCGGAAAGACGGCAAGUGUAACGUGCAUCACGGAAACGUGCGGGAGACCUACCGCUACCUGACAGACAUCUUCACCACGCUGGUGGACCUCAAGUGGGGGUUCAAUCUGUUCAUCUUCGUGCUGGUUUACACCGUGACAUGGCUGUUCUUCGGCUUCAUGUGGUGGCUGAUCGCUUACAUACGAGGAGAUCUGGAGCACAUAGGAGACAACCAGUGGACUCCUUGUGUCAACAACCUCAACGGCUUUGUGACUGCAUUCUUGUUCUCGAUAGAGACAGAGACGACCAUCGGCUACGGCCACAGGGUGAUCACUGACAAGUGUCCCGAGGGCAUCGUGCUGCUGCUGGUGCAGUCGGUGCUGGGCUCCAUCGUCAACGCCUUCAUGGUGGGCUGCAUGUUCGUGAAGAUCUCGGAGCCCAAGAAGCGUGCAGAGACUCUGGUGUUCUCCACCAACGCCGUCAUCUCCAUGCGCGACGGACGGCUUUGUCUGAUGUUUCGCGUCGGAGACCUGCGGAACUCACACAUCGUGGAGGCGUCUAUUAGAGCCAAACUGAUCAAGUCCAAACAGACCAAGGAGGGAGAGUUCAUCCCUCUCAAUCAGACGGACAUGAACGUGGGCUACGACACCGGAGACGACCGGCUCUUCCUGGUGUCUCCGCUCAUCAUCUGCCACGAGAUCAAUGAGCACAGCCCCUUCUGGGAGAUCUCCAAAGAGCACCUGGCCCAUGAGGAGCUGGAGAUCGUGGUGAUCCUGGAGGGCAUGGUGGAGGCCACAGGCAUGACGUGUCAGGCGCGCAGCUCGUAUGUGGCCAGCGAGAUCAAGUGGGGCUACCGCUUCACCCCCGUCCUGAUGCUGGAGGACGGUUUCUACGAGGUCGACUACAACAGCUUCCAUGACAUCUACGAGACCAACACUCCCAGCUGCAGCGCGCGAGAGCUGGCGGAGAUGACGGCGCGCUCUCGUCUUCCUCUGACCUGGUCAGUGUCCAGCAGACUGAGCGCACAGGGCCUGAGGAGCAGCGAGGACGAGGAGCUGCUGGAGAGGAACGGAGACCUCGCCAACAUGGAGAGCGAGUCCAAAGUGUAGGAGCACACACACAUCUCUCCUCGCCUCUGCGCCGCCGGACGCUCAGCUGAGGUCAGAGGUCAGAGGUCAGAGGUCAGCUCAGGAAAGCGCCCCGAGGCGGGACACGGACCCCAUCUCACGCGCUUUUUCUCUUUUUCUCGCCCGGAAGGAUGUGCGCGGGCGACUGCAUGGUUCCCGAAACCAGUUUUUUUCUUAAAGAUAAGAAAUGAUAUUUUCAGAUUUUUAAUUCAAAGAUUAAUUCCUAUAAGUGUAUAUGAUAUAGAUCUAUUCUAGGGCAUUUGCAUUUGUAUUUUUUGUAUAUAUCUGCUGGGUUUGAGAUGUGAGGUUGUUUGAUACGACACAGAGUCGUGUAUUUUGCCUUCUGGGAUAGCGAGAGUCAUA